AGAUGGCGAACACGAUAGUCGAGUACAUGCACGAACAUGGAGGUUACAGAUGUGGAUACUGCGGCGGUUCAAAUUCCAAUUAUUCCCAUGGCAUGUGGGCGCAUUCUCUUAGCUCACAGGAUUACCAAGAUCUCCUGGACAGAGGUUGGCGAAGGAGCGGUUGUUAUCUGUACAAACCAUUGAUGGACAAGAUGUGUUGCCCCUGCUACACCAUCAGAUGUAAUGCACUGGAGUUUAAACCCAGCAAGUCUCAGAAGAAAGUUAUCAAGAAAAUGACAAGGUUCCUUAGCAAAGAGGAAAGACCAAGUUGCAACCCCAAAUCGGUGGAAGACACCGAAAAGGACGAAGAUGGUGAUACCUGUCUAGGAACAUCAGAGCAUCCGGCUCAAGAACGAGAAGUGAGGAAAAAAAUGACUGAAGCUGCAGGAAUCAUCAGAACAGACUUGACCAAUGUGAAGCCAAAUGCAUCGGCAGAUGUGAAGCCAAACACAUCGGCAGAAACCUCCAAGAGUGGACAGAAUUCAGACUCGGGAGGUUGUGGAACUGCGGGUGACAAUGAGGACGAGGGCCAAGAACUCAUUCAAGAAGUGAAUUCUAAUUCUACAGGGGUGGCAAAUGAACCAUCGACAAGAAAACAUCCCACACCAGGUCUUGGUCCUGACCCUUCUAAGCCACCAUGCAGGAAAGCCAGGGAGAUUAGACGGCAACGCAGACUAGAACGCCUUGCCAAGUCUGGGGCCGACGUGCUGUCAGCUGACAAAAAGCCGCAGAAUGAACCCAAGUCUCUAGAGGCAAUGACCCAAGAGGUUGAGAAAGCAUCGCAUGGCUCCAAGCAUAAACUUGAGGUGAGAUAUGUGAGGUCAAGUCCCAUGAAUCCUGAGUUUGAGAAAAAUUUCAACGAAAGCUAUGCCUUGUAUCACCGAUACCAAGUCACCAUCCACAAAGACCCUCCAAGCAAACCCUCACAGAAACAGUUCAAAAGAUUCCUCGUUGAUUCACCUCUUCAAGAGGAGAAUUUGCCGGGUGCACCGGAGUGUGGCUAUGGUUCCUUCCAUGAGCAUUUUCUUCUGGAUGGCAAAAUCAUCGCAGUUGGUGUUUUGGACAUUCUCCCUAACUGUGUGUCGUCUGUGUACUUCUAUUAUGACCCAGAUUAUAGCUUCCUCUCUCUGGGUACAUACUCUGCUCUCAGAGAGAUUGAGUUUACAAGACUUUUACAUCAAGAGGCUCCCAAGAUAAACCGCUAUUACAUGGGGUUCUAUAUCCACUCCUGUGUCAAGAUGAGGUACAAGGGUCAGUACCAUCCAUCAUUUCUUCUGUGUCCCGAGGCCUACACCUGGUGCCCCAUUGAGCAAUGCCGUCCUAAACUAGAUGUCAGCAAGUACUCCAGACUAGACGAAACUGACACAGCCGACACACCGGUCAACUUACAAGAAGUCCGGGUACUAUACAGGCAGAUGAGCAUGAGGUACUCUGACUAUCGGCGCUUUGCACCCAACACUGGGGAUGAAGAAGAGGUGAAGGAGUACGCUCAGUUUGUCGGCAAGACCUGCGCGAGGAGGAUACUGCUGUACCGACACUGAAGACAUCAGGCAGGUUGUUGAUUUCAUUCAGCUGCAACUGCCCAACCCGUUAUGCAGACGGUCGCCCAGAACUUCCGGAGCCCAGCAUCGAUUUUCACCGCAAACAUUUAAGCAGCCCGGUCCGAAAUAAGCCCCUGGGGGUAAGCUAGCCCCAUCUGCUGCCAAUGAAAAGCAAGAAAUUCUAUGCAUAUUUGGGGCACUUUUCCUGGAAAGAGAGCCCGUGACCCGCAUUUUGGACUGACCAAUGAGAGGAUUGCUUUUGCCUGGUAGUGGAGGAGGCUUAGAAACGGGAACAGUUUAUCCACAAAGUUUACAAACGGUCUUUCUUAAAUAUUCAGAAAAGAAAUUAUGGGAAAAUUGUAGUUAACAAAGAGUGUAAAUCAGACAUGCGCUCUCGGUUUUUGUCCAGGCUAGUUACUCAUAUGUAUUUAUAUUUGUGUUAUAAAUCCAUGGAUUUAAUUUUGUUGAAAAUGUGGAAAACAGUUGAAUACUCAUAGCUCUUGAAAUCAGACUGCAGUGAAAAUGGAUCUCAGCGUUGUAGGAUAAUGAUUUCAAGUUCAGUGUCUCAGAAUGAAGCAACAUUGAUCCACAACAUCUGAAAAAGGAAGGAGUCGUAUCCACAGACAAAAAAGGAAAUGUUCUUUAUGUGCAACCUUUUGAUCUCUGGUCCCUUUGCAAAGGUUUGGGGGUUCCCCCUCAAAAUUACCUGCAAGUUUCAAAAUGACCCGCGAAUAGGAUGCUUCAUUCUCAGCCCCCGUAUUAGUAAGUUCAGUUCCUGGUCGUUUCGAGGUCGAUUGACCAGUAACAAAAACCCCUUUAUGAAUAAUGACAUCAACUGUGGUUAUUUUUCCUGUUAACUUUGCCGAUGCCCUAAUCAUCCGUUACAUGAGAAGGUUGGAAUGUAACAAUUGAAGUGUGACAAAGAAUUCACUUCAUACAUAAGAAAAAAUCCUGUCCCGUAAAUUGCUUGUCAUUCUGACUGUGCAAACUGUUGAGUGAUAAAAAAGUUAAAUGUGCCGAAAUAGUGCUCAAGCAGUUGUGAAUGAAGCUUUGACUAAUUCAACAAAAGCUUAGUGCCGUGUACAAUAAAAACCAUGUUUGGUAUUAGUGGAAGGGUUAAAGAUAAAUAAGUUAUUAAUACUGAUUAAUGACUUAUUAUAAAUUCAGUCACCUGUUUGGCUCGAAAAAAGUUAAUAUGCAGAAGUUUGUAAAGGCUUAGGCUUGUGGUUUAAAUCCACUAGCUAUAUAUGUAAAUGAAGGAAAUGAUAGUGAAUAUCUUGAAAUCCCAUGAACAAGAGCAAUAUCCGAUUAUCCGCAAAGGAGAACAGCAGGCUGAACAAUUUCCUGCCAAAUGAUCCACAGAAAUUCCUUCACUUCUGAACUCAAUCCCAAACGACACCCUUAACACCUCUUGCAAUGUUCCUGGGGUCACCGUUGGUAUGCUACGGGGACCAGCACCCCCUGUGUGUUUGUUGUAGGAGUGGUUGGAAGGUGUGGCCCCAGUGGGGCCAAAGUCUCGGGUUGUGGUGUCUGUCACCAGCUCCAGCCGGAGAUUGAGAAACUCCAGGACCGAUAUCUCCUCCCUAAACGGGGAAUCCAUGUCUAAACACCUCCUUACAUUUCAUCCACAAAUAAAACGGGGUUUUCUCCUUGCCUAAGAAGCCGCAUAGUUCAAUUCCCCGCCGAAGCGAGACACUCAUUAGCCCUUGGUCAAAUUUGAGAGUGUCUGGUCUCUCCUUUUUUGGUACCCUUGACUCUUGCGGUAAUGAUGCAUGCAGUGGCGUGCCGUGGUUGACUAAAACAUAUGUACACCAUUAUUGUGUGCAACAUGUUCUGACCGUCAUUCUCUGAUUCCCAGAGAGUGAAACUGGGGUCUAGAUUUUUGGGACUGGAGCUCACUUCAUCGUCCCAUGUUUGAUUACGGAGUGAAUUUUUAUUUGAAUACUCUUCCACAGCUUUCAAAUGGAGCUUUUAGUGACUAACAGUAACAGUAACAAAGAAAUCUACUCGUAAGAAAUGUUUCCUUGCUCUUCAGUAGAACUUACAACAAAAAUGAAUGUAGAAAAAAUUCCGAAUAUUUGAUGUUUUAAAAGCUGCUGUCUCCAUCUGCACCAUGAUUUGUUUACGCCCAGCUAUCACCAAUUGUAAUUGCCAUUCUCUACUACACAUCAUUAGGCAAGAUGUUCCCAUUUGUGGUCUUGUGGUAAGUCUGGCUCUGCUGACCAGCCAGAACAAAAGGUCAGUCGAGGUGCCUGAUUGGUCAAUCAGGAUGGUCAAGUUUGCGUGGUAACAAGCUCCAAUUGACAUUAUGGACAUGGGUGUACAUGUACCGUGUAUUAUUAGAGAGAAAGCCGUGUUGAAGUGGUCAUGCAAAGCUGUGUAAGGUCAAGUCUUUGGUUUGAAGGCCGGUGAAGCUGUGGUAGUUGUUGCCAGCUACCCAUUGUGCUGAACGACCAACAAUUUUUUUAAUAACAGUGCGACUGUCAGCGAACUGCGCUCUUGCUGUCGAAAAAAAUUUGAUGUACAAUCGGAUUCCUCAACCAACUGCUCUCAAUGAUCAAUGAAUAUAAAUAAUGUUUCAUUUUUAGUCAGGUUUUUAGCCAUUUUCGCAAAUGCAUAAGCUGGAUAUUAAACUUAGGAACUGUUCACUCGUGCCACUGAUUUACUUCGAUUUUCCUUCUUAGAUCAAACAUUUUGGCAGCAGUUGCUACAUUCUAGAAUCAUUUUGUCACGCAUAGAUAUUAACAACUGAAGAGCUCAAAUGUGGUCUUCAGGUCCAGAAUAUCUCGAACUAGUUUAGUAACAGUGAUUAUCUUAGUAGUAAUGUUUUUCUUCACACCUUAUCAGUAUUUACCUGUUGAUAACGGAGUCAAGUCACGUUUACGCAAGCAAACUUGGCGUUGUACCAAUUUGAAAAUACAAACAAGGACAGGAGGUUCUGGAUUUUGUAAGACCAUGGUAAGACCCACCAGCGAACUUUUUUUCAGUGGAAAUUUCCAAGUACUCUUUGGACCUAAGACGUGUAUAUGGAACCUGGUCAAUGCAGUUAUGGAAAACAAACUAGAGCUACCAUGGUUUCCCUUACCUUUCGGCUCCUCGAUGCAUCGCAACUAUUUGCAUUUUGUAAGAUCUUCACACUCUUAAGUAUCUAGUUUUCUUUAUUAGUAUUCACAAAUACCCUCGAAAAUCCUUCAAGCAAACUGAACAAAAAUGUUUGGUUUAAUUUGAAAUUCCUUACUCCAAAUUUUAACAGGUGGAUAUGUAUACAAUUAACACUAAUAACAGAGCUGCUUAAAAUAUAGCCCUUUUAACACCUGGUUCCAUAUGCCAGCAAUGUUUGUAAACACAGCUAAAAAGCCAGUCAGGCCUUCGAACUUUACCAGCAAGAAUCAAGGUAAUCUAUUAUAAUCUACCAAAGCUUACCAUAACACAACACCGUGAAAAUGUGUAUAAACAACACAGCCAGUGCACCUAACGAUGCACAGGUGUACGUUAUUAAAUACCCCGAUAAACGAUUUCGGAAAGUCCAAAGGCCGUAUUUACCGUGUGUCCAAAAGCUAGAUGGCAACUUGCCAUGGCCACAAGUUGGGAAAAAAGUUGUGAAGCAAACUUACAGCAGAGGGGUUAUCCAUAAAAAUUAAUAGAUACACAGGGAACAACAAAAUACAGGAGUUUGUUCAGGGGUGCUCGUCAUUGGAAGUUCCAGAACAAAGACUUUGGCCGUCGAAGUUACACCGACUUUCAGACAUCAAUCGUGGCAGAAAUUCACUUUGCCUCAAUGUCUGCACAGUCGCCAAACAAACGAAUUUCAUUCGGCAAACUUUCCUGUUUUCUUUUGUCUCAGUAUGAUUAACUUCACGGAUUUCACGAUUAACUACGGCGAUAGUGUUUCGCGAUAACUUAGCAGUUUUUCCAACUGCUGCAUGGUUUUAUCAUGUACAAUUCAAAAUGUAGGGUCGAGUUGGUUCGAUAUGAAUGUGUUUGAAAAUGUCCUGUUACUCUGUAGAAAUUUCAGACAGCCAAAUUUCUGAUAGCUACCAGCAUAAAUUUCACAUUCUAACAAAGACACAUGGUCUACAACGCCAACGCAGAGACGAUUUUUAUGACUUGGUAAAUGAUAGUCCCCGACUCCUUUUUCAUUGUGAAAAAACAUCUCUCGUAAAAUUGUCUCCACAUCCGAGUGGAGGUCUCAAAUUUGAGUAAAUGAGCGAGAUCCUGGGUGUUGUAGCGGUCGUUCUUAGAAUGGGCAAGGGAGUGGAGUUGAACUUAAUUUGGAAGUCUAGACAACGUGCUGCGCGGGGGAAGAGUAUAUCCAACCUACCAGGGCGACCGCCUAGGUUCGUUCCUAUCCACCACUGCUAGUUCUAAGAUCGAGACCCCACACCAAAACAACCAAAAAAUAUAAUUAGUUAUGUCUAGUGUAAAGUUAUGCCUGUGUAAUUUCUGACUAUCGAAGGAAAUUUGCCUGCUUCGAAUGAAUUUUACAACCGGCGGUUAUAUUUUUUCUUCAGACUUAGUUAGUGGUCAGCAGUCGUGCGCGAUUUGACUAAAGACCAUGUUAAAAUGUUCAACAAUUUCUGUUGAUGUGGUAAUUUAAGUUUUUUUCUGAAUUAGCUUCUCUUUCACAAAUGAGGUCGGACCACACAAAUUUACUUCAAAAAAAUUCUUCGAAUUCAAACUUUUUGGAAAAUACGGAGUACUCGAAAUAUUGCAAAUGCUUGCUGGCUAAAGUGACCCCAAAUAAUCGACAAAGUUCUGCUAACUUAUGGCAUUUUUUAACAAAAAGGCAUAGCCUGCCUAUAGCUAUAAAGGUUGGUGUGUUUUGCCCACGGCACAUGAACAUAUACAAUCUUGUAACAUAAACAGUCAAGCCUAGUUCAAGGAUAUCCUUGCAAGGGGUUAGCAGAAUGGGCAUGCCAAUUAAGAAAGUGCGAAACACACACUACAUCUUGCCAGCACACAUGACCAAGUGUUCCCUUACAAUGAAGCGAUUGGGCCCAUCAGGAGGCCGACGUUUGCUCGCUUAAGUUAGCGUACCUCGGUUCAAGGAUAAUCCCAAACAAAUCAGCCUUCCUAUUAUACAGCAACCUGAAUCGGACUUUCGUGUAAAAGAUUGUCACGGACAAAGGUUUAGCUUGUGUUUUAAAGAUUUCUUUUGGAAAUAAACAAAACUUGAAAUAGUCCUAAGAAAUGGAAGUUGAUAGCAGCGAGUUACUAGGCUUGAAGACCUUGGCCCAGGCGACAGACGCUUUGAUCGGUCACAGCGAGGCGGGCUCAGCCUGGCGACCGCACGCAAUUCACGUCUAUCUUUUUAAAACACACCUGCCGAUUUUACUUUGUUCUCGUAAAAAAGUUGGAGGCGGUUCAAAGAAGCUGGCUGAGUGGACUUGGCCGAUGUUAAUCAUUCUGUUUGAGUGGAUUAAUUCGGAGGAAUUAAUUUAAACUAACCGCAGCACAUGCCCGUUUUUUGACUUCACACAAUCGGCACGCGAGCGGUUUAAGUUAAUUUGUCAACGUCCACCGUCCAGAGUACUGAAAGUACAUGUAGAUCCAGGUUUUUUCCAAUAAUUUGUCUUUUUUUUUUAAUUCUAAAGAGGUCCUUGAUUAUUCCUGCUGCUCUUAGAGUCAUGCAAAAAAUUUAACAAAAGUGUUCGUGGUGGUUUCCAAAAGCAUAUAGGCCUACAAUCCUCACAAAAAUACAAAUAUAGCAAGCGCCUAUUCUGAAUCUUUUUGAAAUCAGGUAUUAGAAUAAGAACUAGGGAUUACCAAGAAAUACUGUCGGGUGGAUGUCAAUCCUUGAAAAUGUCUAAAAAGUAAAAUCUGUUUGCAUCUUAAAAGUCCUCCCAGGCGCCAAAUGUUUGGUGCAGAAAACACCAAAAAGUUCUCUUCGUUGAACGAUUUAAACUAUACACAACUCAGACCUUCCAAAGUUUCUGCUUCAGCAUAACUAUGAAAUUUCUAAUAUUAAUUUUAGAGACGAAGCUGUAAAAAAGGAUUAAUUAAGAAUUCAUGAUUCUUCGCAUUUGAGCAAAAAAUUUUAUGUGCAACUUUGGUGACUCCGACAGCGACUCCAAUAGUAGCGUGGCACGCCGUAGGACGGCGUGGAGGUCUUGUUUGAGACCUCCCGGUGAGUAAGAAGUGCUGAAACUGGGGGUUAUCCGCCGAACCCCGGACACCGCGCUGUCGCGAGUCGAGACAAGUCUCCGUCUGGUCCGACUUGGGAGGCCAAGAGUUCGUCCGAAUCGUGGCUUUUCUUAGACAAAACGGUCUUUGUUCUUUCAAAAAUGGCUUGUAAAAUCAUGGUACAAUCAAACCUCUGUGGCUGUAAACUCCUUUAAAGUUCUCCUUUAUUUCGUUAUAGUUAUUCUGCAUUGUACAUGGUAGAAACCAUCGAUUGUUAUUGUAUUUUUAUGUCACUAUUUAACGAAAACAAGUGGAGCAAAAUAAUUAUUUACAAAUCCAGUCGUUGAAAGUGUUACUCUUUAUCAUAUUCGCUUUCAGUUUUUCCACGAGCUUUAUUUUCUCUGAAAAGAAAAUUGAAAAUGCGAUUAAAAAAAUAAAAAAAAUAACGGUAGUGAUUCUAGCGGUUUGUGUGAUAUCCACUAUCAGUUGCGAAGGACGAAAUUUCUGGAAAUCCUUCCGAUGUUUACGAAGGCUUUGAACUUCCUUUUUCUUUAUAUGACUUUGGCGUCUGUACUAUAAACUUUCAUUAAAUUUCAUGUUUAUUGCCCAACGAUAGAUACCUGAAUCUGUGGAAAGAAUGAUAUUGGUGGGACGGUUUUGAUUAUCCGUCUUACAGGCAUUUCUUACACCGCUUGACUCGAAGGUUCUUGCGAAUAUCAUUAAGGAAGCAGCUCUCAUUAUUUCAUUUUUAUUGCAAAAUGUCAAGUGUACUACAUUCACUCUUUAAGUUUUCAUUUCUUUACCUCUGAAUUUCGAUCAAGUAUAAAUUUUCCCGCAAUUUUUACCCCUGAAAUGUAUGCACACAAAUCUGAAUAUCUGUGCAUGCAGUUUUGAUAAGAGCUCUCUAUAUGUACACGCACACGGAGGCAACCCAACUACGUACACAGUCAAGAGCGUUUAAUAUCUCGGUACGGAAAAGACACAAAGUCAAGGACAGGCUAGUGGCAGCCUGUACGUGCCUGAAUGAAAUCCGCCGUAGAUCGUUCCCUUUGUCCCUUUUUCUUCAAAAUCCAAAUCAGCUGUAACGAACUUUCCUGAUUCUUUUCACUUAAUCUACCCAACGUGUGCUUUCCUGUCUUUUCAUGCUGUGUGAUUGGAUAUGUUCCAAUUUUUCUCCCGCUGUGUUCUUUUCGUUUUUGCCAACACAGGAUAGUAAGCUGGUGUGGUACAUAAUCGGAAACCGACAGCAGCCAUUCUGGCUAGCAGUUCAAGUAUUUCUACAUCUUAGCAAAUCCGCUUUACACAGAAAUUUGUUUAUAGGUUAUGAUUAUUAUCCUGCUGGUACUGAGUGGGACAUGGUAAUCAAUUCUCACUUCAAAAAAGUCACAUCCCUUAAAUUAGCCUAGAAUUCACCAACAAGGUGUUACGUUUGUACUCAAAUAUGGUUAAAUCCUCUCACCAUCAGCGUGUAAUAAACAGUACAUGUUAAAGCAACAUUUCA